AUGAUCCGCAGGUAGCUACCGAUAUUAUCAACAAACAUGGUAAGAUUACCAGUGAGCGACCAGAGAUGCCCAUUGCGGGUGAUCUCGUCAGUCACGGUCUGCGCACGGUCAUUCGUCCCACGGCUGCAUGGACCGAGGGCAGACGGGUGAUGCACCAUCUGCUCAGCGGAUCGGUUCUGCGUAUAUACGGUAAUUGGCAAGAAAUUGAGUCGCUCCAGAUGCUCUCGGCCUAUCUGCAAGAACCCAAGCGCUGGUACGCGCACCACUAUCGCUACUCGAUUGCCGUGCUCUACCGUCUCGUCAUGGGCGAGAAUCUCUCCAAGACGCAGGAGGAGUUAAAUGACUAUCAGAAGGUUACGAUGGAGUUCACAUUGAGCUUGCUCAACAGCAUGGUUGACUUCUUUCCGCAAUUGAACCGCUGGAUCCCUGCAUUUCUACAGUGGUGGCGCCCGUACUGGGCUAAAAUGGGCGACUUCCAUCACCAGGUGUUCAAGUCGUGGUGGGACCCCAUCCGGGAUGCCGUCCGUCAGGGUACAGCCGGCCCUGGCUUUGUGCGGGAUACGCUGCUCCAUCCGGACAUGCGUUACAAAGGUACUGAGGAAGAAGCCAUGUAUCUCGCCACGUCGGUUAUUGCAGCUGGCAGCGACAAUACCCGCAUGACGCUCAACACCUUCAUCAUGGCAAUGAUCAGCUAUCCGGAGACAAUGAGUCGCGCUCGCCAGGAGUUAGAUGCCAUCUGCAUCAACGAAGAUGGUAUACUGCGACUCCCCGGCAUGGUAGACUUCGAGCGCCUUCCUUAUCUGGCUGCCAUGGUCAAAGAGGUCCUCCGCUGGCGGCCCACAACACCCGUCACGCCGCAGCAUCAACUGACAGAGGAUCUCGAAUAUGAAGGGUACCGUUUCCCGAAAGGAACGUGCUUUGUGGUCAACGGGAUUGCGCUGAGUCAGGUAUGCGAUAGCCCAGAUCAAUUCGAUCCGUCGCGCUGGCUGGAUGGCAAUGAGGGCAACAUCGUGCAUAAUCUCUGGGCGUUUGGCGGCGGACGACGUAUCUGUGUCGGUUAUCGCGUUGCUCAGCAGGCACUAUAUGUCGCUAUGGCACGAAUCAUAUUCUGUUUUGAUUUAUGCGCGGAUGGUCCCAUCGAUACUCGCAAACUGAAUCACUUUCACAUCCAUAACCAACCCUUUCCGGUUAAGGUGACAGUACGUAGCCACAAGCAUGAAUUGCUGAUUAAGGAAGAAGCAGAGAAGGCGCGAACGGGACUUUGAGCGGUGACAUAGAGGACAGUAUGUGAGGCAUAGUGCAAGG